UUUAGGACCUGCUGUGUUCUUUUGCCUCGCACAGAGCCCAGAGCUAUGGCAAACGUGGCGAUUAAAUUGGCCAGGGAGAAGGAAGCCCUGAAAGGUCUGGGCUCCAACCAGAAUGCCAUGAAAUACUUAAAACAGGAUUUUGAAGCUCUGAAGAGGCAGUGCUUACAGUCUGGCACUCUCUUCAAAGACGAGGAAUUCCCCGGCUGCCCCUCUGUUCUUGGCUACAGGGAUCUGGGGCCUUAUUCACCCAAAACUCAGGGCAUUAUCUGGAAACGACCUCCGGAGCUAGUCCCCAACCCUCAGUUCAUUGUGGGAGGAGCCACUCGUACAGAUAUUUGUCAAGGGGACCUGGGAGACUGCUGGCUUUUGGCAGCUAUUGCAUCUCUCACGUUGGAUCAAGAAAUUUUAAGCCGAGUUGUUCCCGAAGAUCAGAGUUUCCAAAAGAACUACGCUGGGAUUUUUCACUUCCAGUUCUGGCAGUACGGCGAGUGGGUAGAUGUUGUUGUGGAUGACCGGCUCCCCACCAAAAAUGGGCAGCUCCUUUUCCUGCACUCUGAAGAAGGCAAUGAGUUCUGGAGCGCCCUGUUGGAGAAGGCCUAUGCCAAGCUGAAUGGCUCAUAUGAGGCUCUUGCUGGAGGAUCUACUGCAGAAGGUUUUGAAGAUUUCACUGGUGGCAUCUGUGAAUCAUAUGAUCUGAGAAAAGCUCCGUCCAACCUGUAUCAAAUCAUCCAGAAGGCCCUGCAAGCUGGUUCACUGCUGGGUUGCUCCAUUGAUAUAACCAGUGCAGCUGAAACAGAAGCAAUCACAAGUCUGAAGCUGGUCAAAGGUCAUGCUUACUCUGUUACUGGAGCAGAAGAGGUCAACUACCGCAGCCGUCCGGAGAAAUUAGUCAGGUUGAGAAAUCCAUGGGGCGAAGUGGAGUGGGCCGGGGCCUGGAGUGAUAAUGCUCCACAAUGGAAUUAUAUUGACCCCAAGCAGAAAGCCGCUCUGGAUAAGCAGGCAGAUGAUGGGGAAUUUUGGAUGUCCUUCUCAGAUUUUCAAAGGAACUUCACAAGGAUUGAGAUCUGCAACUUGACUCCUGAUACCCUGACAAGCGACCAUGUCCACAAAUGGGGUAUGACUUUGUUCAACGGAAACUGGAGACGGGGCUCCACAGCCGGUGGGUGCCAAAAUUAUCCAGCAACAUACUGGACCAACCCCCAGUUUAAAAUUAGGCUGGAUGAGCCAGAUGAUGACCACACAGGAAGUGGGAGUGAACCAUGUUGCAGCAUCCUGGUGGGCUUGAUGCAGAAGAACCGGAGGAGGCAGAAGAGGAUGGGAGAAGGGCUGCUCAGUAUUGGCUACUCCCUUUAUAAGGUGCCAAAAGAGCUGGGAAAUCAAACUGAUGUUCAUCUAAGCAGAGAUUUCUUCUUGACAAACCGACCUGUCGCUCGCUCCGACACAUAUGUCAACUUGCGUGAAGUCUCAAACCGCUUCCAUCUAGCUCUGGGGGACUACCUCAUUGUGCCUUCUACCUUUGAGCCUUUCAAAGAUGGCGACUUCUGCCUUAGAGUCUUCACAGAGAAACAGGCUAAAGCUCAGGAAAUGGGUGACACUGUGGCUGCAAAUCCAUAUGAGCCUCAUGUUGUGGGCAAGGACAUAGGCGACGAGUUCAAGAGCCUGUUUCAAAAACUUUCUGGGGAGAACAGUGAAAUGACUGCUGAUGAACUUCAGACUGUUCUGAACAGAGUUGUGGCAAAGAGAAGAGACAUUAACAGUGAUGGAUUCAGCAUAAACACCUGCAGGGAGAUGAUCAGCCUCUUAGAUAACCAUGGAACUGGUACAUUGGAUCUUUUGGAAUUCAAGAUACUUUGGAUGAAGAUUCAGAAAUAUUUGGAAAUCUAUAAGAAAGUGGAUACUGACUCUGCCGGGACCAUAGAUGCACAUGAAAUGAGAAAUGCUUUCACGGAAGCAGGCUUCACUCUUAACAACAAAAUCCAGCACAGUCUAGCUCUCCGCUAUGGUGGCAGCAAGAUGACCAUUGACUUUGAUGGCUUCGUGGCCUGCAUGAUUCGUCUAGAGACUCUCUUCAAAAUGUUUCAGAUGCUAGACAAGGAUAAGAAUGGAGUUGUCCAGCUCUCUCUGGCUGAGUGGCUGUGUUGCACAUUGGUUUAAGACGGCAUUUUGCAAGUCGUUUGAGAGUUCCACAGCUAGCACUUCUACAAAUAAGCUCCUACAAAUCAGUUGAAAGAUAUGAAGAAGGAAAUCAAUUUCUGGGCCUGGCAAUACUUUUUAAUGUAAGCAGAUCAUUUGG